UGCCUCUAGGGAAGGAUCUCUUUCUGGAGAUCCCUCCUCUGUGGUGUCUUCCCUGUGAACCUAGAUCUUUGGAUACAGGAGUUGAUGACCAAGCUGAUAACAGAGACACCUGACCAGCCAAUCCCAUUUUUAAUUGAUCAUCUCCAGUCUAAACAAGGGAACCGUGGUCAGCUUCAGAGAACACUGUCUGGCUCUGCUGCCCUUUGGGCAGAGAGUGAAGCAUCAGAAAAUAAAGGAACAAGGAGAGAUUUCAGAAGUUAUGAUAAGCCUUGGCAGGUAAAUGCAAAGAAGCCUAAAAAGUCAAAGAGUGACCUUGCCGUGUCCAAUAUCUCUCCACCGUCACCGGAGUCCAAGUCAUUGCCAAGGUCAAUAGAGCAUCCUAAGUGGGAUUGGAGGACAAAACCGGAGAACCAUGAUUUUGAUGAGCUAAAUCAUAUUCUUCAAGAGAGCAAAAAACUUGGAAAAGCCCUUGAGAAUCUUUCUCGCAGUAUUGCUAUUUCUGAUGAACUUGAUAAGGAGACAGCAGGUUUUAAUACCCCUCUUCUCAGACCUCGCGUGAUUGGAGAAUGGAUUGGUCGUGAAGAGAAUGAUGCUGAUCCCCUGGCUGCUGAGAUGCUGCAGCCACCAAUUCCAAGAAGUAAAAAUGAGCAGUGGGACAGUGAAGACAGCAGCAGUCCUGGUGGAAGCUUAAAAAUGGAGCCAAAGACUAAAGGACUGAAACAGCAACAGCAGCAACAUAAGAAACUGCUGGCUGCCAUGCUUUCUCAGGACUCCUUUGAUUCUGCUCACAGCACAGCUCCAUCUGUAACUGAAGAAGAUAUUGACAAUGAAGAUGAUGCAAUGGAACUUCUGGGUAACCAGAAAAAAUAUUUUUUCUCUAAAAUCUAAUUUUUUUCUAAAUCUAAAUUGAUUAAGAUAAGAAGUGUAAUAUUCCAUCAAGCAUAGAUUAGUUUGAGUCUGCUUCCUAUUUUUAAAAUCUAAGUAUCCAGUAGCUGUG